GCUAGCUGCUUUCACAUGCAAGCUCGAAUAACCCAAUUGAUUAUUAGCACAAGCAAGCUAAAACAGAUUUCACGCGACACUGCAUUCAAAGCGAUUCUCCUUGCGACACGUCGGUUUUUAAUUACCAGUUUGCGCUAACACCUCAGUCAAAGUACGGCGGAACUAGACUAGAAGCCUGUCAGAUUAGGAAUUGGACCCAUCACUUGCUCUCACGCCUACCUGCUCAACAUCCAACAUCGCCAACUUGGCCUGCUUCCAAGUAGGUGAUUUGGUAACCUACCAUCAACUCCUCCUACAGGAACCAAGAAAUUACUCGCCACUUUGUGACCCGAUAAUUGCCGCCCAGUCCCAGCCCCUCCGCUCGAAGGCGAUCAAAGCGCUUUUACCACAUCCGAACCCGGUUCUAAUCCCCGGUGUGGGUUGGAAUUACCCAGAGCUCCCCGACAACAGCAUCCACGAUGGCAGACUCGGAUGGCGAGUUUGUUGUCGACGACGGCUCGGAUGACGAGCUUGUAGCACAGUCUGGUGGCGCACGCGGUGCAGCCGGCGGGGGGCGGUCGGGCAAGGGCGGGGAUGAAGGUGGCAAGCGCAGGAAGAAAGCCAGCAAGGCAGCAUGGGAAGACCUGCAAAGAUCAUGGGAUGUGGUCCACGAGCUGGACGACGGCAACCUCUCGCUCGAGGGCUUCCUGGAGGCCGAGAAGCGUCGGCGCGUGCUCCGUGACACGACGCCCAUCCAGCGCGGAAUUAUACGGCACCUAGUCUUGGUCAUCGACAUGUCCUUCGCCAUGGCGGAGAAGGACCUGAUGCCGACGAGGCACCGCUUGACCAUCUCGUACGCCAUCGAGUUUGUGCGCGAGUACUUUGACCAAAACCCCAUCAGUCAGCUGGCCAUCGUGGGCAUGCGCGACAGCAUAGCCGUCCGGAUCUCGGAUUUAAGCGGGAAUCCGGCGGAACACAUUGAGAAGCUCAGGGCUUUGCCGGACCUAGACCCGUCUGGUAGCCCUAGUCUACAGAACGCUCUAGAGAUGUGCCGAGGCGCAUUGUUUAACACUCCCUCACAUGGCACCCGUGAGGUAGUUAUAAUAUUCGGCGCAUUACUAUCACUAGAUCCCGGCGACAUACAUGAGACGAUUGAUGGGCUCAUGCAGGAUAGGAUACGAGUGUCGGUGAUUGGGCUGGCGGCCCAGGUCUAUAUCUGCGAGGAAAUAUGCCGACGAACAAACUCUGGCAAGGCAGCGGCAGAUCUGGGAAUUGUUACAGACACCGACGGAUCAGCAUACAACGUAGCCCUUCACGAGGUGCAUUUUCGGGAGCUGCUGAUGUCGGCUACGAGACCUCCUGUAACGCGACAAAGUCAACUUCAACAGGCAACGGGAGAGACCGCUUCCCUGCUGAUGAUGGGUUUUCCCUCGCGAAAGACGGACAAGGACCCGGCUCUGUGUUCAUGUCACAACAGGCCUGUGCGGAACGGCUUCCUGUGCACACGAUGCGGAUCAAGAGUCUGCCGUCUGCCCUCCGAGUGCCCCGCGUGCGGCCUGACACUGAUCUUGUCCACGCACCUGGCCCGAUCAUAUCACCAUCUGUUCCCGCUAAAGAUAUGGUCCGAAGUGCCAUGGAAUGACGCCGUUCGCAGCGUCUCCUGCUUUGCAUGCCACGCACCGUUCCCCGAUGCCAAGAACAAAGAUGCGGACAAGGGCAAGGACGCCGAGAAGGAUCCCGGUGACAAACACCUCAAGGUCCCUUCCAAAGAUACAAACGGAAAAAAGAAGAAGCCCGCGGCACCUGUGCCCAAAGGCGUCAGUGAGAGUGGGAGAUAUAUGUGCCAGGUGUGCAGGCAUCACUUCUGUAUCGAUUGCGACGUCUUUUCGCACGAGGUGCUGCACAAUUGCCCCGGAUGCCAGAGCGAUACUCGAGGCGAUCUGGCUACGACAAACGGAAAAGGGGCCGCCAACGGAUCCGUAAGCAAUGGUGUUGCACAUGAUUCCAACGGGGCCAUGGCGAUUGACUAAAUGUUCACGGCUACGGCCAUUUUCAAGUUGCGCAUGGCAUGGGUGGACUAUAGAUCGAUAUGUUGCAAUUAGAGGCAAAAUUUAUGGUCUUGUUGAUGCCUUUCCAGUGAAGAUAUUAGGAGAGAAAUCCGUGCAUAACAAAUAUGGGAUUAUGUGCUCUGUUCUCU